UGAGUUAAAAGUCCUUCACUUUGUCAACGUCGUAACCAUGUGGUCCGUUCGAGUUUAAAGUCAGUUCUUACGAGCAGAUUAAUAUUUACUUUGUUUUAUAUUUCUGAUUGCUGAUUUUGUUUUAUUUAUUUUAAUUAUCAGACAUGCAGCUUUGUGGAGUUUGUAGCGAGCAGGUUCCAAAAUACAGAUGUCCUGCGUGCAGAAUAAGAUAUUGUUCAGUGAGUUGCUUUAAGAGACACAAAGAUGAUGAUUCAUGUCACCCAUUCAAAGAAACAGCACCACCUGUCAGCACCCCAACACCUGUGAGCCAUGCUGAACAGCCAUGGACUGUUGAUGAUCUCCUUGAUGAAGACAGUCAAAGUGACAAAGUGCCGUUACAGAAACUUCAGCAACUAGGUGAGUCAGAGGCGCUGAAGGCUCUGUUGUGGAAUCCGCAUCUCCGACAGGUAAUGAUGUCAGUGGACUCGGCUGAAGAUAAAGCCAAAGCUGUGAAGAACGCCAUGCAGGAGCCACUGUUUGUGGAGUUUGCUGAUCAGUGCUUGAAAAUUAUUGAACCAGCACAAAUGGAUGAUGAUGAUGAUGAUGUAUAAUAUGCUUAAUGUCACAUAUGGACUAAACUACAUGCAAGUCCAAUACUCUCAGUUGGGUGCUGUUUUUAGUUUGAUGUUGGACUUUUUAAGAAUUCCUGUGUCUUUCAAAUAGUGCUUUAUGUCUAUUUUUUUAUUAAACAAAUGUGUUUUGAAUGCAAAGUUGUAGUGAGAGCACUCAGCCAAUGUCAAACAUCACACAGUCAUUCUGAAAUGCUUUUUGGCCAUUUUACUCAGAUUGUACAUUGUUCCGUACAGCAGUAGGUCAUUGCAUGCCAUCAUGCACUUUAUGCAUUUUAGAAAUAUAUAUAUUUAACCAACUAUAGAAUCAGUGUAUAAGAAAACCCAGGAUGAGAGAACAUGCAUAUACUGAUCUUUAUUGUCAUUUUCAAACACAACAGUUUGACAAAGUGAUUGUUUUUUGUUUGCUCAUUUUUAACUCGGUACCAUUUAUAGUAGCUGUGUCCAAACUAAUAACCUGAUCUGUUUUGAUGUCUCAUAUUUUGUGGUUAACACGCUGAGAUUAUAAAUAUAUAGAGGUACAUGUUG